CCACUUGUGGCUCCGCCGCUCAGCUUCCGGCUGUCGCUCGGCAGUGUCGGCCCGGUUGCCCAGGGAACGGGCUCCCGGCAGCCCCCGCGGCCCGGAGUCCGUCCCCGCCUCCUCCGGCCGAGCCGGACCGACGAGUCCGGAGGGGCCGUCGCGGGAGCCCCCAGGUUUCCCCAGAUGCCAAUCAAACGUUCCUUUUCCUGCCUGAAGAUCAUCUGCGGAAACCUCGGCCAUGGCAUCAGUAUCAGAACCGGUUACCUUCAGAGAGUUCUGCCCUUUGUACUAUCUCCUCAAUGCCAUUCCCACAAAGGUCCAGAAGGGUUUCCGCUCCGUCGUGGUCUACCUCACAGCUCUCGACACCAAUGGGGACUACAUCGCGGUGGGCAGCAGCAUCGGCAUGCUCUAUCUGUACUGCAGACACUUCAACCAGAUGAAGAAGUACAACUUUGAGGGGAAAACGGAACCCAUCACAGUGGUGAAGUUGCUGGCCUGCUUCGACGACCUCGUGGCCGCGGGCACAGCCUCCGGGAGAGUUGCUGUUUUUCAGCUUGUGUCUUCCUUGCCAGGGAGAAAUAAACAACUUCGGAGAUUUGAUGUCACCGGUAUUCACAAAAAUAGCAUAACAGCUCUGGCUUGGAGCCCCAAUGGAAUGAAAUUGUUCUCUGGAGAUGACAAAGGGAAAAUUGUCUAUUCUUCUCUGGAUCUAGACCAGGGCGUCUGUAACUCCCAUUUGGUGUUAGAAGAGCCAUCUUCAAUCGUGCAGCUGGAUUAUAGCCAGAAAGUUCUGCUCGUGUCUACACUACAAAGAAGCCUGCUUUUUUACACGGAAGAGAAGUCUGUCAAGCAGAUUGGAACACAACCAAGGAAAAGCACUGGGAAAUUUGGAGCUUGUUUUAUACCAGGGCUCUGUAAGCAAAGUGAUCUGACUUUGUAUGCAUCACGGCCUGGGCUCCGGCUCUGGAAGGCGGACAUCCAUGGGACUGUUCAAGCCACGUUUAUCUUAAAAGAUGUCUUUGCCGGAGGAGUCAAGCCUUUCGAACUGUACCCGCGUCUGGAAUCCUCCAACAGGGGAAGUUGCAGCUUACCUGAGAAGCACCUGGGGCUCGUUUCAUGUUUCUUCCAAGAAGGCUGGGUGUUGAGUUGGAAUGAAUAUAGCAUUUACCUUCUAGACACCGUCAACCAGGCUACAAUUGCUGGUUUGGAAGGAUCUGGUGAUAUCGUGUCUGUUUCCUGCACAGAAAAUGAAAUAUUUUUCUUAAAGGGAGAUAGGAACAUUAUAAGAAUUUCAAGCAGACCUGAAGGACUGGCAUCAAUAGCGCGAGACAGCCUGGAGACGUCCGGGUGCGCAGAGCCGGUGUCUGGGCAGCGCGCGGAGAAGCCGUCGGGGGCCACAGUUUCUGAGACGAGGCUCAGGGGCUCUUCCGUGGCCAGCUCCGUGGCCAGCGAGCCACGGAGCAGGAGCAGUUCUCUCAACUCCACCGACAGUGGCUCCGGGCUCCAGGCGGCGCCAGAGCCGGGGAGGGGUGGCCAGCCCGCCUCACAGAGAUUCAGCGUGAUCAGCUCAGAAGAGUUUGAGCAGGAGCUCGUGGUGAAGCCGCUGAAAGUGAGAAAGAAGAGGAAGAAGAAGUCAGAAGGUGGAAGCCGGAGUGCCUGCCACAGUUCCCUUGAGUCAACUCCCUGCUGUGAGUUUCCGGGUGACAGUCCCCAGUCCUUGAGCACAGACCUGCUGUCCAUGACCUCAAGUUUGGGCAGCAUCGUGGAUCGCUCGAGCACAGAGUCUCCUGACCGGGAGAGUAACCUCAGCGGAGAGGUGAAUGGUGUCCUGCAGGAGAAUAAUGACCCCGAAGCAUUCAGUGUCCUGGAGGUGCCUGAGCCCGCCCCUGACGUACUGAAUGAAGGGCGUGACAGUAGACCUGAAAGCCCACAAUGGAACCAUGCAGGCGAGACGGAGCCACACAGGGGAGUGUGGACUUCACUCUUGGAGCUGAGAGAGGCUGUGGAAGGCAGUGAUGUUACCGACCUCAGAGAGGAGCCUUGCCCCGCAGACGAGGGACUGAAUAGCAGACAGUCACCCUGGCGAGAACAGGCCCGGGAAGCAGGGGACAUGGAGCCCGAUGACCUCCAAAGCACUUUUUCUGAAGCCCCCUUCCUAGACUCACGCCCGGUGCCUUCAAGCCUCAGCUGGGCCCCCCAGGCGGAGCAGCGGCUGCCGGGGACCAGAGUUGGCGAAGGCGGUGCCGAGGGGCCCGGCAAGGGGCAGGGCUUCCUAACGCACGUGGAGGCCCCCGGCCACCUCGGCUCAUCUCCCUGGCACGCUGUCACUGACAGUGACACAGGCCUAAAGGAAAUGGCGGCCUCGGAACGUGACCUGGGGAGUGCGGGAGGACGGCGGACUCCCCCGGUCUCUGCCUUGGCGACUCGCACCCGUGAGCCGCGGGUGGAGCAGCCUUCCCGGGACCAGGUGUUAACGUCCAGCGACGAGGAGGACAUCUAUGCCCAAGGGUUGCCUUCAUCUUCUUCGGAGACGAGCGUGACUGAGCUCGGGGGUAGUCGCUCCCUGCAGGACCUGAGCCAGCCCGGCACAGAAGACACCGGGCUGCUAAAGUCAGAUCAGUUUGCAGAGAGCUGGAUGGGGUACUCUGGCCCCGGCUACGGCAUACUCAGCCUGGCGGUCUCCGAGAAGUACAUCUGGUGCCUGGACUACAAAGGCGGCCUGUUCUGCAGCGCGCUGCCGGGCGCCGGGCUACGCUGGCAGAAGUUCGAAGACGCCGUCCAGCAGGUGGCAGUCUCACCCUCAGGUCAGCCUCCCCGGCUCCCUGCUGGCACCCCUGCAGCCCGCCUCGCACACAGUGGGCCCUGCAGUGGCCCCAUCCCUUCGGCAGACCGUCCCGUUCCUCCCGUUCCUGCAGGCGCCCUCCUCUGGAAGAUUGAACAGAAAUCUAACCGAGCUUUUGCUUGUGGAAAAGUGACCAUCAAGGGAAAGCGGCACUGGUACGAAGCGCUGCCCCAGGCGGUUUUUGUGGCCCUGAGCGAUGACACGGCCUGGAUCAUCAGGACGAAUGGAGACCUAUACCUGCAGACAGGUCUCAGUGUGGAUCGCCCCUGUGCCAGAGCCGUGAAGGUCGACUGUCCAUACCCACUGUCCCAGAUCACAGCCCGAAACAGCGUGGUGUGGGCGCUGACAGAGCAGAGGGCCCUCCUGUAUCGGGAGGGCGUGAGCAGCUUCUGUCCUGAAGGGGAGCAGUGGAAAUGUGACAUCGUCAGGUAUCCGCAGGAAGAGCAGAGACCUCUCCAUCGGCUCGCUUGUCGCACCCUCGGUUCUUUGUCUGCUCGACUCCCCUUGAGGCACCCAUGUGAGCCCGUCCUGGCCAAGGCUGCUUCUCUGGAGCUCUCCGCGGGGAUAGCAUUCUCUGGAAUUCUCAGGAGCCAGUGUCGGCAGCCUGACCUUGGAGACGCCCUGUGCCUGCCGCUGCCUGGCAGACUGGGCGUCGGUGAAAGGCAGGCUUUGGAACCUGUCUGUAUAACUCUCGGGGACCAGCAGACUCUGUGGGCCCUGGACAUCCGAGGAAACCUGUGGUUCAGGACCGGCAUCGUUUCCAAGAAGCCUCAGGGAGAUGACGACCAUUGGUGGCAAGUGAGCAUCACAGACUACGUGGUGUUCGACCAGUGCAGCUUAUUCCAGACCAUAAUCCAUGCCACGCACUCGGUGGCCACCGCAGCCCAGGUGCCCGUCGAAAAGGUGGCGGAUAAACUGCGCAUGGCCUUUUGGUCUCAGCAGCUUCAGUGCCAGCCAAGCCUUCUCGGGGUCAACAACAGUGGCGUCUGGAUCUCCUCAGGCAAGAACGAAUUCCAUGUCGCUAAAGGAAAUCUCAUCGGCACUUACUGGAAUAAUGUUGUUCCCCGAGGGACAGCUUCUGCAACAAAAUGGGCCUUUGUGCUGGCUUCCACUGCUCCCACAAAGGAAGGAAGUUCCUUGUGGCUGUGCCAGAGCAGCAAGGACCUGUGCAGCGUCAGCGCCCAGAACGCUCAGUCCCGCCCCUCCACGGUGCAGCUACCUCCCGACGCCGAGAUGAGGGCUUACGCCGCCUGCCAGGACGCCCUGUGGGCCCUGGACAGCCUCGGCCAGGUGUUCAUCCGGACGCUGUCCAAGAGCUGCCCCACAGGCAUGCACUGGACGAGGCUGGACCUUUCCCAGCUAGGACCUAUAAAACUGACAAGCCUGGCGUGUGGAAAUCAGCACAUCUGGGCCUGUGAUUCCAGGGGCGGAGUUUACUUCCGAGUAGGAACCCAGCCUCUCAAUCCCAGUCUGAUGCUUCCGGCCUGGAUAAUGAUUGAGCCGCCUGUCCAGCCUGCUGGGGUCACGCUGGUGAGCCUGCACUCCAGCCCCAACGACCAGAUGCUGUGGGCACUCGACAGCAGGUGGAACGUCCACGUCCGGGCGGGGAUCACCGAAGAGAUGCCGGUGGGGACCGACUGGGAGCACGUGCCAGGGCUGCAAGCCUGCCAGCUGGCCCUGAGCACCAGGACCGUGUGGGCCCGCUGCCCCAACGGCGAUCUCGCCCGGCGGUACGGCGUCACCGACAAAAACCCUGCCGGAGACUACUGGAAGAAGAUUCCCGGAAACGUGACGUGUUUCACAGUGACCUCGUCAGACGAGCUGUGGGCAGUGGGCCCCCCAGGCUACCUCCUCCAGCGGCUGACCAAGACCUUCAGCCACUCUCACGGCGCCCACGGCGGCCACGCCCCCACCCCCCACCCCGAGGACCUGGAGGACGAGUGGGAGGUCAUCUGAAGGAGCGGGGGCAGGGCCGCUCAGGAGGGAGGAAGCCCGCACGCGCAGCGGACGCGGUGCGGUGGUGGCGCUCGCUCUCGGCCGCGCCUCACCAGCUCUCGGCCAGCCAGGUGGGGCCGGGUCGGACGGCCCACGCUUGCUCUCGUCCGUGUUUGUUUCCGUCUUGUUCCAGAACCCACGGCCUCAGCCGAGCGGCCCGGAGCCGUGGCCAGAGCGGCAGCGCCUCUGAGCUCUUGCUCUGUCCUCCGGCCCCUCCGGGCCCAGUGCGGGGACGGCCGCGUGGGUAACCCCCGGCGAAACGGAGCCGGAGGUCGGCACUCUCUGACCGCGGGGGGGGGGGGGGGGAGGGGGGGUGGCCUGGCGACCGCUUCGUUGCCACCACGGGGACGCGGGCUCCGGCACACGCUCCGCGCCGGACGCCCCGCUUGGGGAACCGGGGCCGCGUCUGAGAGGCGGGGUGCUGGGCUGUGCCCGGAUGCGGCACGCGCACACGCACGCACGCACACGCCGCCCACGCCCUCCCGGCCGCCUCCUGGAGAACACGCUUCAGCCCAAACAGUAAAGGCCGGUGGACAAGACGGGGUGGGAGAGGUGCGCGUGUUUCCAAGGCAGCGGAGGCCCAGGUAGGGGCGGCCGGACGUGGGGGAGCCCAGCCACGUUAGUAACCGAGAAACGUCUCUAGACUAGUAUUUAACUAAUGCUGCUGGCGGGUAUCGUAAGGACCAGAAGCAUCCUCACGGGAUGAGUCUACUAAUUAUUGCCUUUUUCGUUCGUUGUAUUACAAACCUGCAUAAGAUACCUCAUUUGAGAUCAACUCUGACAAAUUUAGAGGAGAAACGUCUUUUCUGAAACCACUGGAAGGGCCCUUCGUUCCUUUGCGUGGUUUGCCUGAGCCCGCGCUGUCCCCAGCUGCAGCGUCACAGAGAGCGGGCGUCCCCCCUCUGCGUGUCCUCAACGCGCAGGGCCGUCACGGGACCCGCCGGCUGGCCCCGAGAGGCGGGCAUCGGGUUGAUCACCCCGGAAGGUUCAAACUGGGCCCACCGUGGCCGCGCCGGCCGUCGGCCGUCGGUCCGUGGGCUCCGCCUACAGGGCCCCCCUCUGCUCGCCGGGCCGCUGGGCCACGGGGCUUGGGGCCGGCCGCGCGCCCCGCCCCCAGCCCCACCCCCACCCCCUCCCAGACCCAGCUCGGGAGCGGGCCUCCAGCCUCGCUGCUGUUUUUAGCUUGCCUUUGGCCCAGGGCCCAGUUACUCGAUGCCUGUUUUCUACUAAGCAAGUGUGUCCGGGAGCCCCAGGCCACAGGUGAAGAGCGAUAAAAUACGUUCCCUGACAGGACCAGCCAGCCGCGAAGAUGGAGGCGUUCCAGGUCUAAACGAGGACAGGAUGCUGAAAUCCCAGAUCCCACUUCGCUUUUAUAGAACCCUUAUUUUAAACCGAAAGGUUGGGGGACGGCAGAGGCCGGCCCAGGCUGGCUGCGGCUCCUGUGUGUGUCUGUUGUGCCUUGUCCGGCUCCUCUCAGAUGGCAGAGCUCUCCUAAGCCCACGGGACUUUAGUGCAAUUAAACCCGAGUCUAGUUUGAUACUUUGAAACUACUUUUAGCUUCAGUGCUUUGUACGGUUUUCCUUUCCGGUUUAAAUUUUAGUUGUGCUUUGAGACAGUGCAAUAAAUUAGAUUUUUUCCAAA